CGCAAUCAGUCCAAACCCAAGCGGUUUAGAGCAACCAAGGACCAGAGCCACUUUUUAUUGAAUGCAUUUUCUACUGAUCCAUCACCGGACUCGGCCACUAGAAGCUUGAUUGCUGCUACUAUUGGCAUGCCGGUUCGUACAAUACAAGUUUGGUUUCAAAACAGACGAUCGAAAAUGCGG